ACUAGAUUGUUGUGAUGACGAAUCACUUCGAUGUUUGUGUGGAUUAGUUAUAUUAUCAAUGUUUCGCAAUUGAAAAAUAUUUAUUUGAAGGGAUCACAUAUGCAGUUAGUGUUGCUUGGUGUACUUCGGAACAGUUUCUGUCCAAAGUAAUCUUGAACAACUGUCAUCGACAGAAUCGCCUUCAAGACAUUUUAUUUUGAAUAACGUAUUUCAUUGUGAUUAUAUAUGAGUGCAAAUGGUUUCUAAAGUCAACAUAAUACGAUACAAUCGUUUAUAAGAAAUAAACUGCUGGGCAGCAAAGAGAAUAAAUCCAUAUCUCAGUCUAUAUUCUAGUUCACCGCGUCAUGGUAUGAGGCAAUCGAACAGUUGUGCCUGCAAUGCUUCAUACUUCCGAAUUAAGAAUAAUGGCGCUAAGACAGCAACAACAGAUUGACACGCAACAGCAACUAUUGGCAGCAAGAGAACAACGUUUACGUUUCCUAAAAGCACAAGAAGCAUGUGAGACCGCUGCAGUUGCCGAAGGAGAACGAUUGCGGAGACUCCGAGAACGAGUUGAAGCACAGGAAUCAAAACUUCGAAGACUAAGAGCAUUGCGAGGACAAGUUGACUUGCAGAAAACAUAUAAUGUUACUUUGGGAAACGAUUUAGAUUCGAUUAGAGCACUAUUUAGCGAAAAAGAGAAGGAAUUAACUCUUGCAGUUGCAAAAGUCGAAGCAUUAACAAGACAACUUGAAGAGCUUAGACGUGAUAGGAGAGGUACUUUGAACUUGUUUCCAGGAUUAUCUACACAUUCGCAGUUCAAUAAUUCACCAUCCACUGCCGAGUUGGAGAAACUACGAGGAGAACUUAUGUAUCGCAACCAACUAUCCUUGCAACAAGAUGCCCGUCUUCAUUUGCAACGUGAAGCUUUGCAGAAACGACAAGCCGAGCUCCAAUCAGUUGACCAACGAAUUUUAGAAUUGCAAGAACGUUUGAACAGAAAACGAGCAUUAAAUAUAGUCCCACAUAAACAAAGCUCUUCCCAAACCGUACACGCUCAUAAUUUAAGCAUUAAUCAUGUCCGAUCUGUAUCAUCGAAUUUCUGUUCACAACAAAAAACACCAAAAAACAACGUUGUUGCUGUUGAGCCAUUCAAUCGUUUGCCGCAGAAAACCAUUGCGCUUGGAAGUAAUGGAAAUAAAAUUAAUAUUUCCAACAAUGUCAACAACAAUACAUCACAAUCACAAAUGGGACAUGAUUUUCCUCAUAUCAAAACUCGACACAAUCAUCAGCAAUCCCUUAGCGGAUGUGUGGAUAAUUUGAGCGAUUCGGUCUUCAAAGAUAAUAACAUGAAUGCUGAGAGCGACGAAAGUAAACUUGCCGCUUUGCAAAAAAAGUUAGAACAUGUACUUAAGAAUAAUGAGAACUACCAGAGCGAUCCCCAUUUAGAGAAUCAAACCAUUGACAGCUCCAAUAACAUUGUAUUGAAAGAACAACAGUUUACAAAAAAUCAAGAAAUGAUCAACAAUGACAAUGAAAAUUAUAAUGAGCCAAACAGCAGAAACUGCUACUAUAAUGCACAGAAAGACGAUAUAAAUAUAGAUAUUAAUGUGAAUAAUAAAAUUGGGGAUGCCCUUGAAAAUCCCGAUUCUUGUACAAAUGAGUGUGACAGCGACAAAGUUUCGGAUUUAAAUGGAGUGUCAUCUCGUACACAAAUGGCAGUAACCGUACACAGCACUCCCCUCACUUUAUCAAAUAAAUCAGUUGCAGUUCCAGUUACAUCAUCGACUACGGCAACAAAUGAUCAACAAAAUAAAAUAUUAAAUCCUUAUGGUAGGACAUUUGCCUACAAUGUGUUGCAAAACAUACCAUCGGGCAACUUGGUGGUACCCCCACGUAAACCGAAUAUUAGCUCAGGUUCCAAAUCGCUAUCAACUGAUAUUAAAGUGAAUCUCGUAACUCCCCAAUCACAAUCGAAAACCAUUCCUGCCUCAAUGGAAUAUGCCGAGGCGACAAAGCCAGCUUUGCCACCUAAACCGAAUAAAUUUAACAAUCAUAUAUUAGAAACAGAAGUUGCAAAUAAAUUAGCAGAGGGAAAUGAAACUUCGCAAACAAAUGUACAUGUUGCUUGCAAGUCAAGCAACGUGAAUAUCUCGGACAACCAACCAAUAAAGGCUAGACCUCUGACAAUAAAAAAGUCGCCACAAUGCGAACAACCCAAACUGAGGCAUUCUUCAAAUAAUGGUUGGGUCUACAAAACUCAGCAUCCUGUACAACGUUUCAUUGAAUCACCUAUGAUGGUGGUACCAACUGAAAUGGGAAUAUCAGAUGAAAACACAACAAACGAAAUGUCACAAAAUGUUUUGCGAACAGAUAACGAAAAAAGUGAAAGUACAAGACAAGGGAAUAGUAAACAACAAAUUCAAAUUGCUGUUGAUGCCAUCAAAAAGAGCAAUGAAUCUCAAACAGAGCAAACUUUGGACAAAAGAACCGACGAGAUAACCCGUCGUAAGAGAUUUAUAUCUACAGUUAUAAAUGAUGGAAAAAAUAAACUGGCUCGUCGUGUCAGUUUCGAUCCGUUGGCUUUAUUGUUGGACGCUAGCUUGGAAGGUGAACUUGAGCUUGUACAAAAAACAGCUUUACAGGUAUCGAACCCAAGUGCAGCUAACGAUGAAGGUAUAACGGCAUUACAUAAUGCUAUCUGUGCUGGCCACGUUGAAAUAGUCGAAUUUUUGGUUAGCUUUGGAUGUGACGUCAACGCACAGGAUUCGGAUGGUUGGACGCCAUUACAUUGUGCAGCAAGCUGUAACAAUUUGUCAAUGGUUAAGUUUUUGGUUGAAUCCGGAGCGUGUUUAUUCGCGGCCACAUUAUCGGAUCAGGAAACACCAGCAGAGAAAUGUGAAGAAGAUGAAGAAGGUUUCGAUGGCUGCUCGGAAUAUCUAUAUAGUAUCCAAGAAAAACUAGGAAUAUUGAAUCACGGAGAAGUAUACGCAGUAUUUUCAUACGAUGCUCAACAUUCUGACGAAUUGAGUUUCUGUGUGAACGACAAGCUAACAAUAAUUCGAAAAGGAGAUGAAACGGAGAGAGAAUGGUGGUGGGCAAGAGAUGAGAAAGGCAAAGAAGGAUAUAUCCCCAGGAAUUUACUUGGUUUUUAUCCACGUGUAUUGCCUUUCAGUGACAUUCAGAUUGAAUAGCAGAAGAACUACAGAAGCUAAUGUAUAUAAUACAAUUGAAUAAACGAGUUGACAGUAUAUUAAUGUGCGACUGUUUCAUGAACAAAGCAAAUAAAACUCUACUACGUAUAUA